AUGGCUCAACAUUCUUUUGAAAACUCUGGUUUGCAUCGGGCUGCACUGGUAGGCGACGCAGAGGGUGUCCGUCGCGCUCUCGAAGAUGGUGCCAACGUGAAUGCCCUUGACUCGCUUAAGAGGACCGUGAUAAUGUGUGCUGUAGCGGGGGAACACUGGGAUAACAUGGAUGUCCCACACGAAACCCUGAUGACUGCCGGCCGCCUGGAUGUCAUCAGGAUUCUUCUCGAGCGUCCCGAGAUUUCCCUGUACACUCUCAAUGCUCCACAAGAGGCUUUCAAGGGCGUUACUCCCAUCGGUAUGGCAGCAUGGCUGAACAUGUACGACGUCGUCCGUCUCCUUUUGGAGGGCAGCCUCCACACCGUUUCCGUCGACGGCAUGGACACCCAUGGAGCCACGUCGCUCAUGUAUGCCGCCCGAGAUGGUAAUUUACGCGUCGUCCAACUCUUAUUACAUCAUGGUGCCCGGCCAGAUUUCAGGGAUCGGAAUCAUCGCACGUCCGUGCAAUUCGCUAUGGCACAUCCGCGGGUACUCUAUCUCUGCGAAGAGAUUCUGCGCCGGCAUCGUUGGCGUGAAGCCAAGUCCGCUUCCGGAAGCAGGUUAUUGUUGAAUUCAACUUGUAUCUUCGAACUUUCAUGUGGGCAAGAUGGAUCUGAUCCUUCAAUUCCCGCUACCAUUUCUCCCUCGUUCACAUCAAAAUUAACUCGUGCAAUCAUUCGCUCCGUCACAUCCUCUGAUUUGGCAGUUUUACAUUCGUUAUUGACUCCACUGUUUUCCUGUACAAGUUCUCACUCGUCGCAUCUUCUCGUCAAUGCCCCUGAUCCCAAGGGCUGGAGCCCCAUCCAUCAUUGCGCCGCCGUCCGGAGUCCUUCAUUGGAAAUUCUAGAUGCACUCUACUACGCAGGAGCCGACGUUUCUUUAUUCACCAGACAUGAGCAUUUCACUCCGCUGCACUGUCUUGCUAGCUCUGCAUAUGUUUUCCAGGACGACGACCGUGUUUCUUCAUUGGUCCAUUUUGUUUCACGUCUCAUCUGGGAUUUUAAAGCUCCCUUGGCAGCCAGAACCAAGGAGGACGAGACAUGUAUUCAUAUUGCUGCCGAGCAUGGCUGCUGUAUCAAUCUAUUGAUGAUUCUCUUGGAUUAUGACCAAACUGGCGCCGUCCGUGAACUACGAAAUUCUCGAGGACUCACAGCCCUUGAAGUGGCAAAACCAGAAUUUCGAGUAGCGUUUGGAGAAGAUGCGGAAAGCCUACGUUCCGCUUCGUCCCUAUCAAUGCGCACGAUUCGUCCACUUACGUCUUCCAUCCCUUCCUUCUCGUCCUUCUCCGACCUGCGAGCUAUGUACGCUCAGGACCGCUUAACUUCUCUUGACUUCGACAUGCCCACCGCGGCGCAUCAGCUCAUUAACAACCUCCGCCUUACAUCCCUCACCUCUCGGCACGACAUGCACCCUUCCUACCUCGACUACCUCGACCGCCUCCUCUCUGACCUCACCCGACUUUCCGCCUCUCUCAUGCAGAAUUUUCGCGCACGCGCCGGGGAAGCCUCUGACGAACUUAUCGAACUGUCUUCUGCAGCGGGUGGACUUUCGAAGCUCCUUGACGUAGUGACUCGAGAUGCAGAAAAGCAGAUCCAGGAGCGCGGGAUUGAGCCUAUUAAUCCCAGCAGGAAGGAUAAGAGGGAAUCGGAAGAUUCCCAGAAGACGGCUGUCGCGGUGUCGUUAUCAUGGACAGAUUCUGAGCCCUCGACGCCUACUAAGAGUAGCAGGCCGCCUACUCCCUCGGAUAUACCUCCGCUUGACGUGUCUCCUUCCAAAAAGAAGAGGGACCCUCCGAGCGACGAGGAAAGGUCUCGAACGGCCUCCAAGUGGAAAGCCUGGUUCAAGCGAGUGGUAUCGGAUUGGUCUUCCAGCACGGAUAUUCAAUCGGGGGUAUCCGAAGACGUGCAGGUAGAUUCCGGCAAGGGCCCCAUGCCCCGUGGCAUGGCCAUCGAUAACGCUUUACGGACAUCAUCGGUCGUCCUGACUGCCGCACAGCGCGAUCUGAACGGUAUCGCGGAGGCCAUCGUAUGUGCUCAGCACAUCAUACUAAAAACGAACCAAUCGAUUACUCGCGCGGAAAGGAUCAUCUGCAGGGCAGUCAAAAAAAGAAGGGCUAUGAUCUCGGAUUACCGACAAGCCCUAGAAGAAAACGAAGGCGGCGUUAAAGUUUCGCCAGGAUAUUCUCAGCUUCCCUCAACACGCGUCAGCAACGCGUCCUUAUUGUCAUUGGCGUCACAUGCAUCAUCUUCCACCCUUUCUGUGGCGGAAACCAUGGUCGAGAAUGACGAUGAAGAGACACGUGCUAUUCGUCGUCUGCUUUUACGAAAGAUAGAAGCAGGAAUCGGUGGCGCACUAGACGAUCUUGACACAAUCGUCAGCUGGCUUCGUAUUGUCAAAGAAGCUGUGCGUGGUGUAAAAAGGAGGGCAUACCUCUAA